AUGGUCAUUGAGGAAGGGUUUUUUGAGUAUAAUUACUUUGUGUGGACAAUCCAAAAAAAGACAGUGAACCAGCAUGUCAGAAGGAAGUUAAAGCAGCUUGGAAAGGACUUGAGAAACUCUGAUCAAUCCACCUCGGACAACGAUUCCACCCUGUCUGAACCAGAAAGUGAUGGCGAUGACAAGACGUACAAACCAGGCCGAGAAAGACGCUACAUUAAGGUGGUGGUAAAUCCAAAGCUCUGGAAAAAGGAAUACAGGAAAAAUAAGAAGUUGUACAUGGAUGUAAAACUAGAGGAUCACCCAGACAAGUGGGAGAGGAAGCUCUUCACUUCAACUUUACGCCAGGAGCGUAAUAUUGCAGUUGAAUCCAAGUCGUACGAGGAGUACAGGUGUUUGCUGUGUACUGGUCACCAUGCAUUCCACACGAGUGCUGCAGAUCUCAUGGAGAGUCACCUCGAGGAACACCUCAAUUCCAACUUCCCGUGCAGGGAGUGUGAUGCGACCUUUGACCUCCAAAGCCUUCUUACAGAGCACUGUAACAAGGAGCAUAGUGUCACAUGUGAAAUUUGUGAUCAGGAAUUCUCCUCGAGAGGAUUGUAUAAACGCCACAUAGGACGCAUGCACGGGCAGAGAAGUAUUUCCUGCUUCAAAUGUGAUGAAAAGUUUAAAACCAAGUUACUAUUUAAACAACAUCUGUUAGAGGCACAUCCUGGCUCUGCCCAUAGAUGUGAUAAGUGUGGUGUGAUCCUAAGGAGCCAUCUCAAUGCCAUGCAGGGCCACAUGAACUCCAAGAAUUGUCUGCGGCGACAGCAGGGAAAUCUAAAGACACAAUGUGAGAUUUGUGGUAAAUUAGUGUCUGAGAAUGGGAUACGAAAACACAGGCAAAGGGUGCACCAAAAAUUACGCAUAUUUAAAUGUGACGUCUGCCCAUAUGCUGGAAUCACCCUUCAGUCUCUCAAAGACCAUAAGAAGACACAUACAGGUGAGCAUCCUGUGAAGUGUACUCUGUGUGAGUUUUCUUGCAUCAAGCCAUAUCAACUUAAGUGUCACAUGCGAACUCACCUCAAACUCAAACCAUACAAGUGUGAUAAGUGUAGCUACGCUGCCUCCUGGAAUGUACAGGUAAAGGACCAUAUGAAGGCCCACUUCAGUCCGACUCGUGUGGACUGUGCUGAUUGUAAUAUUUCUUUCAAGGACCAGAGAGGGCUGAACCUCCAUCGCCACAAGGAACAUCGUGAAGGAGCCAAGGACGAUAAGGCAAAGGAGUUAGCUCCAAAGAAACGAGGAAGACCAACUCGUGUAAUGGAAGGAGAGGUGAAACCAGACAAUAAGAGGGGGACUAGAAAAAAGAAAACGGAACAGGAGUGGUCUGAGGAGGAGGAGGAUAGCACAGACACAGAGGCAGAGCUGCAAAAUGAAGCAUCGGAAGAAGAAAAGUACAUUCCUCGGAAAUCAGCACGCAGAAGAGUCACAAAACGAUUGGAUCCACAGUUUGAGCACAGUUCAGAGGGAGAGGAGGAGGAGGAGGAGGAGGAGGCGGCGGAGGAAGAAGAGAAUGAUGGACAUGAGCAGGCUGCAGACUCCUAUGUACCGUCCGUGUCAAAGAUAGUUCAAUAA